AUGGGGGCCCCCAGCACCCCCGGCUGCCGGGUGAGCGACGGGGAUAGGGAGCGCAUCGUCCCUUUAAGAGGAGGGGGAUCAGGGCCAGGACCUGAAGGCUCCCUGGUGCGCUGCCCGCUGGCCAGUGGGGGAGGAUUGUGGGCUCUGGUCAUCCCCGGAGAGGGGUCAAGGGGUGGCAGCGGGCUGGAGGAGGAGGAAGACCUGGAACUCUUUGAAGGCUACGAGAGUUUCCAAGGCUACAACAGCAGCCUGGGCAGCGAGAGCAGCUCCUACCUGGAGGAGUCCAGCGACAACGAGAAUGAGCUCCAUGACCGGGAGGCCGGGGAGCUCCCCACGUCCCCCGUGCUGAUGCCCAGCCCCACCACCCCUCGUUCCCAGGACGGCAGUGGAUCCGAGCCAGCCGUCUGCGAGAUGUGCGGCAUCGUGGGCACGCGGGAGGCCUUCUUCUCCAAGACAAAGCGGUUCUGUAGCGUGUCCUGCUCCCGGAGCUACUCCUCCAACUCCAAGAAAGCCAGUAUCUUGGCCAGGUUGCAGGGGAAGCCGCCCACCAAGAAGGCCAAAGUCCUGCACAAGGCCGCCUGGUCUGCCAAGAUUGGCGCCUUCCUGCACUCGCAGGGCACCGGGCAGCUCGCGGACGGGACCCCGACAGGGCAGGACGCUCUGGUCCUGGGCUUCGACUGGGGCAAAUUCCUAAAGGAGCACAAUUACAAGGCGGCCCCUGUCAGCUGCUUCAAGCACGUGCCGCUCUUCGACCAGUGGGACGACGUGGUGAAGGGGAUGAAGGUGGAGGUGCUCAACAGCGACGCCGUCCUGCCCAGCCGCGUGUACUGGAUCGCCUCCGUCAUGCAGACGGCCGGCUACCGCGUGCUCCUCCGCUACGAGGGCUUCGAGAACGACUCCAGCCACGACUUCUGGUGCAACCUGGGCACGGUGGACGUGCACCCCAUCGGCUGGUGCGCCAUCAACAGCAAGAUCCUGGUGCCGCCGCAGACCAUUCACGCCAAGUUCACGGACUGGAGGAGCUACCUGAUGAAGCGGCUGGUGGGGGCCAGGACCCUCCCGGUGGACUUCCACAUGAAGAUGGCGGAGAGCAUGAAGUACCCCUUCCGUCAGGGCAUGCGCGUGGAGGUGGUGGACAAGGCGUGCGUGUCCAGGACUCGCAUGGCCGUGGUGGACACGGUGAUCGGGGGGCGGCUGCGGCUGCUCUACGAGGAUGGCGACGGCGACGACGACUUCUGGUGCCACAUGUGGAGCCCCCUCAUCCACCCCGUGGGUUGGUCCCGCCGCGUCGGCCACAGCAUCAAGAAGCCGGAGAGGCGAGGGGAGAUCAGCAGCCACCCCACCUUCCGGAAGAUCUACUGUGACGCCGUCUCCUACCUCUUCAAGAAGGUGCGAGCUGUCUACACCGAGGGCGGCUGGUUUGAGGAGGGGAUGAAGCUGGAGGCCAUCGACCCGCUGAACCUGGGCAACAUCUGUGUGGCCACCGUGUGCAAGGUGCUCCUGGACGGCUACCUGAUGAUCUGCAUUGACGGCUCGGCGUCUGCGGACGGCUCGGACUGGUUCUGCUACCACGCCUCGUCCCACGCCAUCUUCCCGGCCACCUUCUGCCAGAAGAACUCCAUCGAGCUGACGCCUCCAAAAGGGUAUGACGCCAAGACCUUCGACUGGACCUCGUACCUGGAGGAGACCAACUCCAGGGCGGCCCCGGCGAGACUCUUCAACAUGGACUGCCCCAACCACGGCUUCAAGGUGGGCAUGAAGCUGGAGGCCGUGGACCUGAUGGAGCCCCGCCUCAUCUGCGUGGCCACCGUGAAGAAGGUGGUGCAGCGGCUGCUCAGCAUCCACUUCGACGGCUGGGACAGCGAGUACGACCAGUGGGUGGACUGUGAGUCACCCGACAUCUAUGCCGUGGGCUGGUGCGAGCUGAUCGGCUACCAGCUCCAGCCCCCGGUGGCUGCAGGUCUGUCCCCUUGGCGCCGCCACACAGGCUUCUCUUCCAGGGUGGGCCGCGAGGAGUCCGCGACUCCCCAGCAGACCAAGGAAGUGAUGAGGAAGAAGAAGAAGCCGUUUGGGAAGAAGAGGAAAAGGAUCACGACCAAGGCCCGCCCAGCAGCCAAGAGAAACCAGCACUGACCAAGCCCGGGGUUGGCAUGAGGCCCCAGACAUUGGAGCUAAGCCCCCCCCACCUCCCUGGCUAGGAGGGGGACCCACAUUCCACUCGUGAAGCUGAUGCUGCCGUCAGCCCGGGCUCCCAAGGCCUUCUCUGUGGCCCGUCAGCGAAGCCAGGAGAGCGAGCAAAGCCGCGCAGCAUCUGGGCAGACGUCCCAAGGACAGACACCCCCAUCCCACCUCCCUGACGUGCUUUCCUGCCUC